AGUGGGUGUUAAAUAGAUUGGAAUGUUAAAUUGUGAUAUUCUUUUCCUGUGUAAUCAAAAUUAUAAAUAGCCAAAUAAUAUGAUUUUUGUUUAGUAACUCACAAUGAUGUCGUCUUUAGUUCUUCUCUUAUGUGUUUGCUUGAGUGAAUAUUAUGUUGUGUCAGAAAAAUUAUCGGCUGCUGUCCCUGUCGAUAUAAAAUUCACAAAACUAAUGGACGUUAAGUUGGAAAGUCCGAGUAGAACCAGCUCUUUGAGUAAUGAUAUAGGAAGAUUUCUUUAUCCUCAAACUGACAACAUCGGUUCAGAAACCAGAGAAGACUAUUUUCAAGUUCCCUUAAAGUUGUCAUUUGGGAUAGAUAAGCAAAAUGCGAUUCAAGAAUACGAAAAACCUAUUUCAAGUGUGUUUGACCAAUGUAAAUAUUUGGUAGGUAGAAGCCAACUACCGAUUUGUCGUUUGAAUCCAGUUGCAAAAAAUUCAGAAAAUAAUUAUUAUCCAAGAAGUUGCAGAGAAAUACUUGAAACUGGAAACAAUAAGUCUGGUGUCUACCUAAUCAAACCUAGAACAAGUAACAAGCCGUUUGCUGUUUUGUGCGAUAUGGAAACUAAAGGAGGUGGCUGGACUCAUAUUCAAAAGAGAUUUGACGGAUCUCAAGAUUUUUAUCUUCCUUGGAGAGAUUACAAGAUUGGCUUUGGUGAUCUCAAUUCUGAAUUUUGGAUAGGACUUGAAAAUAUUUAUCACAUGACAGCCUUCGAUAGAAACGAACUUCUUGUAGAGGUAACAGAGACGAACAAAAAUAUUAGCCAUGCACAAUAUUCAACGUUCUCAAUUGGUAACGAAAUGGACGGCUAUCCACUAAAAGAACUUACAGGAUACUCAGGAAAUGCUGGGGAUGGUCUAGCCAAUCAAAUUGGUAUGAAGUUUUCAACAUUGGAUGUGGAUCAAGAUAAAUACUCUGGGAAUUGUGCUCAAAUUUAUGAGGGUGCUUGGUGGUAUAAUAACUGCCAUAACAGCAAUCUUAAUGGAAAAUUUAUGACAGUAGUACUUCCUGAAGCAUAUUUAGCACAUGGUCUUAACUGGUAUCCUCUCAAAACAGCCCAUGUAAAUUUGGCUGGUUCCAGAAUGAUGAUUAGGCCCAUCGGAGCAUAAAUAAUUAUUAAUAAAAGAAUAUGUAAAUAAUUUAUAUGUGUGCCUCUGUGUAAUACUAUUUUAAUAUAAUUGUUUGACAUUUUU